GCACCCGCGGCUGCCACCAUGUUCCAGCCGUCCGCGAAGCGCUGCUUCACCAUCGAGUCCCUGGUGGGCAAGGACACCCCCCUGGGCCCCGAGGACCCCCCGCGCCCCGCCGCCCUCGCCUACCCCGGCCCCGCCGCCGCCGACGCCGCCGCCUUCGCCCCCGGCUUCCAAGGAGCCGCCGGCCGGGCCCUGUACGGCAGCGCCGAGCUCGUCUUCCCCGAGGCCGUGGGGCACCCGGCGCUGCCCGUCGGGCCCCCCCAGCUGGGGGGCUCGGCCCUGCCGCACCCGCACCCCUUCUUCGGGCCGCAGCACCGCGACCCGCUCAACUUUUACCCCUGGGUGCUGCGGAACCGCUUCUUCGGCCACCGCUUCCAAGGGAGCGAGGUGUCCCAGGAGAGCCUCCUGCUGCACGGCCCCUUCGCCCGCAAGCCCAAGCGCAUCCGCACGGCCUUUUCCCCGUCGCAGCUGCUGCGCCUGGAAAGAGCCUUCGAGAAGAAUCACUACGUGGUGGGCGCCGAGCGCAAGCAGCUGGCCAGCAGCCUCAGCCUCUCCGAGACACAGGUGAAAGUCUGGUUCCAAAACCGGAGGAUCAAGUGGAGGAAACAAAGCCUGGAACAGCAACAAGCCAAACUGGCCAGAAUGGGUUUGGGCACCCCAAAGAGGAGCCCAGACUCACAGAGCCAUCACGAGGAGGACAAGGACUGCCUGGCAGAGUCAGGGGAUGGCCAGGAGGACACGUCCUUGUCCCUGGCUUAG